CACUUACGAAAAUAACCGUCCGUUGUUUGAUGUUUUCCGGUGGUGAUCGUUGACUGAAUAUCAAAAUGAUUCCUGAGCUACAGGAAGUUAUUCAUAAUGUACAACUCAAUUUAUACCGCGGUUUUGUGUCCUCGAAACGAAGUGGGAUCGUUUGGUUGAAUAGCGUUUGUGGAGACCUGUACAAACUAUUUCGAAUUCUGCACAAAUUUCUAGUGUUUGAAGGAUGCAACAAUGUAAGUGUAAUGGAAAUUACCUGCCUGUGUUUAUCACAGAUUGUUGUGUGCAUCCGGUGCCUAGAGCGAACCUUGGCGAUUGAACAGGAAAACCAGUGUGCUCUAACGGCUUCAAGACAAUGCUUUCUGGAUAGAAUCAUAUGGUGCGUUGCAAAGAUUAAAAUCGUGACUGAAGAUGGGAAGUCGGCUGAACGAGAAAGCACAACGGAAUCAAAUUUUGUUAGCUUUUUGGAUUUGGCGCUUAGUUUGGUUGGUCCACUAGCGGUAUCUUUUGAGGAUGGUCUGACGAAUCACGCCGAACAGGAUGCGGAUUCGAUGAUGGAAUCGAUGAAAAUUAGAUCUGUUGUAGAAGCACUCAUAACUCAGACCCUUUCUUUUGGUAAUGUCCUGCAGGAGGAGGAAAGGGCUCAGCUAAUGUUAGUUUGUCAGAAAGUGCUUAAGGAGUGCAUAGCAUUGGAAAAGGAAGCUAUGUUCAUUGAGGGAGAAAACAGACCGAACGCUCAAAAUAGACGCUUGAGAGCUAGUGUACUGGAAAGUGCCUUCUUCCAGUUGGAAACGCAAGUCAAUGACUGCCUUCUACGGUUGGUUUUUGAGACGUUUGCUGAGUUGGACCGGAAAUUAAUAUCGAAAAUAAGAAAGCUGGUAACAGAGAAGGCAAAUGAGGAAGAGAUUAGCGGUGCGACAACAAAGUUUGAUGAGACGGUUGAUAAGAUGAUGCAGAUAGGAUUGUUUGCGAUAUCGUAUGCUGAUAAUUAUAAAGCUGCUUCUACAAUCAGAAGUUGUCUAGCAUCAAUAGAAGCGUUGGAUUCUUACCUCGUACCAUCUAUUUUUAUACCAUGCAAUCUACACUCAAAAUUGCUAGAAGAUCAUUGGUUAGAAGAGUUAUCCCUGCUGCGGUACCACGUGCAACGAAUAAUAGAUAGCAACGCUUUCGCCUUGGCUUUGCUAGAAAUACUCGAUAAUGGCAUAGAUUCGCUGAAACUCACCUUCAACACAUCUGAUGCCACGAUAUUGGUGCGUAAAUCGGAAGUCUUUAGACAACAUCUGGAAUACAACUCGGUAGAUCUAGGCCUCAACAAGGAGCCUCUGAAAAUACAUUAUGAAGAUUUCAAAAUGAUGGUUUAUGAAUGCAAAGCCAUACUGAAGUGUUUCAAGGAUGAUCCAGAAAUUACAGUGGAUCGAAUCCUAAAAAGAAUUCGCAUUAUGAGGGCAAAACUGAGUAAAGUUCAACAGACAAUUAGUGCCGGUAAAAAUAAAGAAGCAGCGAAGGAAAAUUUACAGCAAGUAUCCGUCGCUGAGGUUGCCCGUACAGACGAGGAGAAAGAAGUUGAUCGAAGUGUUAGAGAGUUCUUCUCUAAUAGCGUGCUGCGCCCAUCAAUGACCAGUAUACUCUAUCGUAGUAGAAGAGGACCUCGUUCCAGACAAGGUUCCAUCGCGUCUUUGGCAACGAUGCAAAGAUUCUCGGAUGUAACGGCUGGAGUGCGGCAGCGAGCUGUGACUACCCCGGAAAAAGGUUCAGGACGCUCGGGUCGGCAAAAUAAACUGUUGAAAAGAAACAGCUUGAGGGUGGCGAUUUUCAAGAAGCAGCACGGCAAACAGGAUGCAGAAUUUUUCGAUAGUUAUAAAAGUGAUAUCGAUUUUCAGAUUACUGAAAUAUUGGAUCAGCUUACCGACCUUUCGACGACAUUUUCAUCUUCCCAAGAAACGCAAAUCGAAGCAACUGAAUCAUCUCACGACGGUAUUGAUGAGAAAGAAACUGCUCCGACUACUAGGAAAUCUAUCACGAAGGAGGAGAUAGUAAUACUGGACGAUAAUCGAAUAAGCAUCAAUAUCACUACUGAUAUCUGAUGUUAGUAUAUAUUGUUAUCUUCAAACAAUAUUUUUUGUAUCAUACGCAUAGGAUUAAGUUAGAUUUUAUUUACGCUAUUCAGAAAACAAUUGCAUAUUGAGAGGAAGCAGUGAAACAGAAAAACUACUAUUAAAGUGUUAGCAGGCCGAAUAAUAUUUUUUCUCAGCU